CUACGGAUGCUCUAAGGCUAAAGAAGUACAUAUACGAAUGUCCCGUAAAAAACGCCAACGUGUCAAUUAGAAACCGUUUGUUUCUUACACGUUGGAGGACGAGUCAGCAACCUCUCAUACUCCCUCUUUUAUAGAUAACCCUAUCGUUCGAGGAUUUGUGAUACUGUGUUGGUGAGUUGCUUAAAAUUGAUGUAAAAACUUGUUCUUGUACUAGCUUCUUUCUUUAAUCGAGUUGCACAAAUAUUUUGGGUGCAACAGAGAUGGCUUAUGAAGCUGAUGACGUCCUGGACAGAUGAUAGGGAGACGAUUCAUUGCCUGCUCAAGAGUGUCUGCUGCAACCUGUUUGAAUGGAUUGAUUCAGAAAUGUGUGCAAGGUCGAAGGUGAUUAUACAGAGUCUUUUGAGGAAACUAACGGAAAUUACUCCAAAUAGAAUUGAAAUUAUGGCAAAAAAUCAAAAUAGGACUUGUUAUGCUUUUAUUUUAAAAUAUGACUAUAUUACUCCUAUUGGAAACAUACCUAUUUUUCAUGUCAUUCUUACCCCUCCUUUAAAUAUGAAUAAAAGGUGGUCAAAAGUUAUAAUUAAAUGUUUAAUUCAUAAUUAAUUCGAAAAAAUUAAAAAAAAUCGUACAAAAAAUAAUAAUAAAUUAAUAAAAUAUUUAUAAAAUAAAAAAUUAAAAAAACAAAAUUUAUAUUUUUUAAAUUAGAAAAAUAUGGAUGUCUUUCCCACCGCAUGUAUUGCCUCGCUGCACCACCACCUCUGACUGGUGUAAAAAUGUUAUUUUUCUGAAAAUGCCAAAAAAAUGUCAUAUUUCGGAG